CGCGGCGCCCGGGGGCUACAUCCUCUGAACGGGGCAGCUCACUACUGACCGGCAACCACGAAAUCUCCUUCCCAUACUAGGCUGAAAGAAGGGAAGAGGCGCGGACGGCGCGCAAGGGUGGACGCCAAGCGCCUUUGUUGAGAGAAGAGGACUUGAAUCUUAAUCGCAAAAAUGCAGAUGUUAAUGCCUGAACCUCAGAUUUAUGUUGAAAGAACCCUGGCAAUCAUUAAACCAGAUAUUGUCAACAAAGAAGUAGAAAUAGAAGAUAUAAUUCUCAGAUCAGGAUUCACCAUUGUUCAGAAACGAAAGCUCCAACUAAGCCCAGAGCAGUGUAGCAACUUCUAUGUAGAACAGUAUGGGAAAAUGUUCUUUCCUAACCUGACAGCUUACAUGAGUUCUGGGCCUCUAGUUGCAAUGGUUCUUGCUCGGCAUCAAGCCAUUUCAUACUGGAAGGAACUUCUUGGGCCCUCAAGUAGCAUAACAGCUAAGGAAACACAUCCUGACAGUUUAAGAGCAAUCUAUGGGACAGAUGAUCUGAGGAAUGGACUGCAUGGCAGUGCCAACUUUGCCUCAGCUGAAAGGGAAAUCCGAUUCAUGUUUCCUGAAGUAAUCAUUGAACCUAUCCCAGUUGGGCAAGCUGCUAAGGAUUAUCUGAACCUUUAUGUUACUCCUAUCCUGCUGAAAGGACUUACAGCACUGUGUAAGAAGAAGCCAGCAGAUCCUUUUACUUGGCUGGCUGAUUGGCUAAUUGAGCAUAAUCCCAACACACCUAGGUUGCAGCACAAUGUGAUUGUGGAGGAGCCUUAAAAAGGACAAUGUUAACUGUCAGGAAAAGCCUGUCAGUUCAAGAUCUGUUUUUACUGACUACAUUCUCCUGAUCUUUUUCUAUAAAUAUAACUGUGAAAUGAAUAAUUUUUAAAUUGUCAACAAACUGAUCAAUACUUCCUUGUAAAGCACAUGUACUGGAAUAGUAGUACUCAUGUUUUGGAAACUGAAUGAAUAAAGAAC